AUGCCGGGACGACAAGCGCACGGAAGGCCGCUGACAUCCGCGCCGAAGCCGAGAGUAGGCGGCAAGAAGGGCUCCAAGGCCAGGUCGCAAAAAAACGCUCUGGACGCAUUUGGCAUUGCCCAGGAUCUAUAUCCUACCAGCUUCAAGAAAACCCCUCGAGCUCGGGAGCUAGAGGCAGCCAUUGAGAGGAAGCACGGCAGGGACGGCAAUGACCAGAGCGGCGACGACGAAGACGACGACGACGAGCAGCAGCCGAGGAAGAAGCGAGCCAAGAUCCCCCCAAGAGGAGCCCCGGACGACGGUGCCGAGGAUGGCAGCGACAGCGAAGGCCACGAAUGGCGUUUGGGCGGCCUAAGAGAAGAUGACGAGGACUCCGAGAUUGAAAGCGACGACGCCUUUGGCGACAGCGACAACGAAAAGUUUCAGGAAUACUCAUUUCGCGGGAGUAAGGCGAAGCCGGAUGACGACGCCGAGGACGAUUCAAGCGACGACGAGGGCGAAACCCUCGGCGCGGACGCCGUUGACCUGGCGACUGCCUUGGAUCAAUGGGAAGAAGAUUCGGAUCCAGGGCAGGACGUGGAGGAAGCAUCCGACUCGGGCGUAUCUGAUGAAGAAGAGGAUGGCCAGGGGGGCGAAGACAGUGAUGACGACGACGAAGACGGCGGCGAUGGCGAUGGCGACGACGACGACGACGACGAACCUGACUCUGGAAAACUCAAGGCCUUGGAAGGAGUCAUUUCCGAAUACGGCGGAGAACCAAAGGCGGACGGUAAAACCAAAGCCGGGGCCGCUGCGAAGCUUUCCCUCGGGGACCUGGGCCUCUCCGGCUUGAACGACCCCUUUAUGAAAAAGUCGGUCAAGCUCAUCAACAAGGAAGCCAAGCGCAAGCGCCCCGGGGCGACGCAGAAACUGGCGGUCCCCCUGUCGCGCCGAGAGCAGGGCCGGCUGGACCGCAGCGCCGCCCUCGAAAAGACAAACGAGACGCUGGAUCGCUGGACCGAGACGGUCAAGCACAACCGACGGGCCGAGCACCUCGCCUUCCCGCUCGCCCAGAACUCCGCGACGGCGGGCCUGGACGCGUCGGAGAUGCAGCCCCUCGACGCGGCCGGCCCCGCCAACGAGCUCGAGUCGGCCGUCCUGUCCAUCAUGCAGCAGAGCGGGCUGUCGAUGCGCAAGGCGCCCAAGCCCAAGCCCCAGCCCCAGCCCCGCGAGCUCGACGACGAGGGCAACGCGCUGUCGCGGAAGGAGGCGCUGGCCAGGAAGCGCAUGGAGCGCGAGCUCAGCUCCCGCGAGGCCAAGCGCGCCAAGCGCAUCAAGAAGAUCAAGAGCAAGGCGUACCACCGGGUCCACAGGAAGCAGCGCGAGCGCGACGACGCGGCCGCCCGCGAAGCCAUGCAGGAGGCGGGCGACGUCGACUCCGAGGACGAGAGGGAGGCGCAGGAUCGCCGCCGCGCCCUGGAGCGAGUCGGCCAGCGCCACAAGGAGAGCAAGUGGGCCAAGAUGGGCGCCCGGGCGAAGCGCGCCGUGUGGGACGACGACUUCCGCGCCGGCCUGACGGAAAUGGCUCGCAAGGACCAGGAGCUGCGCCAAAGGAAGGAGGGAAAGACGGCGGCGGCGGCGGCGGCGGCGGGCGGCUCCGACUCUGACGCAACGAGCAGCUCGGGAUCCGACGACGACGACGAUGACGACGGCGACGACGAUAUCCGUCGCCGGCUCCAGGACCUCGAGGCUGAAGACGACGCGCCUCAGUCCGGGCUGAUGAAGAUGCGGUUCAUGCAAAAGGCCGAGGCUGCCAAGAAGCAGCAAAACGACGACAUGAUUCGCCAAAUCAGACGAGACCUCGACGGCCAGCAAGACUCGGAAGAAGUCGAGGUCCAGGUCGGCCGACAAAGCUACGGCACCGCCAAACCCGCCGCCUCCGCCUCCCCCCUGACCUCGACCGCCCCGUCGUCGUCCAAAGCAACGCGCGGGUCUGCAGCGCCCGACCACGACGACAACACCGGCGUCGCCAUCAUCACCAAGAGCCAGGGCCCCACGACCGCCUCGCCAGCCCCCUCCCCGGCCGGCGCCUGGUCCCGCGGCGAAGCUCGCCGCAAAGUCCCCGCCAAGGACCUCGACGUCAACGCCACCAUCCUCACGGCCUCCCGCCGCCCCGCCGCCCCCAAGGCCGCUGCAGCCGCCGCAGCCGCCGCAGCUGCCGUCCCCGACGACGAAUCCGACUCGGACCCCGACCCCGACCCCGACCUCGACUCCGACCUUCAACACCUGCCUCUCGCCAUCCGUGACCAAGCUCUCGUCGCCCGCGCCUUUGCCGGCGACGACGUCGUCGCCGAAUUCGCCCGCGAGAAGGACGCAGUCGCCCAGGCGGACGAUGACAAGGUCAUCGACAACACGCUGCCGGGGUGGGGGUCCUGGGUCGGCGAUGGCGUCAGCAACCGCGACAAGAAGCGUCAUCAGGGAAGGUUCCUGACCACGGUCAAGGGCAUCAACAAGAAGGACAGGCGGGAUGCUAAGCUGGACAAGGUCAUCAUCAGCGAGAAGCGCAUAAAAAAGAACGAUCGCUACCUUGCGUCCCAGCUGCCCCAUGUUUUCGAGUCGCGUCAGCAGUAUGAGCGUUCGCUCAGAUUACCAGUCGGGCCGGAAUGGAUGACAAAGGAGACGUUCCAGGACAGCACCAAACCAAGAGUGCUCAUGAAACAAGGCAUCAUUGCCCCUAUAUCUAAGCCAAUCUUGUGA